AUGACUGUGCGUGAGGCACUCAAUUCUGCUAUGGAGGAGGAGAUGCUUCGGGAUGAGUCGGUUUUUAUUCUUGGGGAGGAGGUUGCGCGUUAUAAUGGUGCUUACAAGAUCACUAAAGGUCUGCUCGACAAGUUCGGUGAGAAGCGAGUGAUAGACACGCCUAUCACCGAGAUGGGUUUCGCUGGCGUAGCAGUCGGUGCUGCCUUGGCUGGUUUACGACCUGUCUGCGAGUUCAUGACUUUCAACUUCGCAAUGCAGGCCAUUGAUCAGAUUGUGAACUCUGCUGGCAAGACGUACUACAUGUCUGGUGGGAACGUUCCUUGUCCUGUCGUUUUCCGUGGACCCAACGGCGCGGCCGCUGGUGUAGCAGCGCAGCACUCCCAAGACUAUGCGUCGUGGUAUGGUCAAAUCCCCGGUCUUAAGGUCCUCAGUCCCUGGUCUGCGGAGGAUUGCAAAGGUCUAUUGAAAGCUGCUAUUCGCGACCCCAACCCAAUUGUAUUCCUCGAAAAUGAGAUGAUGUACGGUGUGACCUUCCCUGUCUCGCAGGAGGCAAUGUCGGACAAUUUCUUGCUACCCAUUGGAAAGGCGAAGGUCGAGCUUGAGGGGAGCGACGUCACGAUUGUUGCGCACAGUAAGAUGGUCACCCACUCGCUUGAGGCUGCCCAGGAACUCGCGAAGGAAGGCAUUAAGGCAGAAGUUAUUAACCUCCGCAGUAUUCGUCCGCUUGACAUCGACGCUAUUAAGGCUUCUGUAAAGAAGACUAACCGCUUGUUGAUUGUUGAGGGCGGCUUCCCUGCAUUCGGCGUGGGCAGUGAGAUCUGUGCACAAAUUGUCGAGAGUGAGGCAUUCGACUACUUGGACGCUCCUGUUGAACGUAUAACUGGCGCUGAUGUUCCUACACCAUAUGCCACCAAUCUCGAGACCAUGGCUUUCCCCGACACUCCACUUAUUGUCAAGGUUGCCAAGCGUGCUCUUUACAGGACCAACUAG